GGGCCAGGCGGGCCGGAGGCCCGGGCGCCAGCGGCCCCAGCCCGGAUGCGAACGCGCGCUCUUUCUCCGGAGGCGAGGCUCAGAGGUCCUACAGGUAUGGAUCUCUGGCCACUGCUGUUGACCUUGGCACUGGCAGGCUCAAGCGAUGCUUUUUCUGGGAGCGAAGCCACAACAGCUAUCCUUGGCAGAGCAUCCCAGAGUCUGCAAAGAGUUAACCCAGGCCUAGGGACAAAUUCUUCUGAUAAGCCUACAUUCACCAAGUGCCGUUCACCUGAGCUAGAGACCUUUUCAUGCCACUGGACAGAUGGGGCUCAUCAUAGCAUAAGGAGCCCAGGAUCCGUGCGGCUGUUCUAUACUAAAAGGAUCACUCAAGAAAGGCCUCAAGAAUGGAAAGAAUGUCCCGAUUAUGUCUCUGCAGGAGAAAAUAGCUGUUACUUUAAUUCAUCUUAUACCUCUAUCUGGACACCUUACUGCAUCAAGCUAAUCAACAAUGGUGGUACUGUGGAUCAGAAGUGUUUCUCUGUUGACCAAAUAGUGCAACCAGAUCCACCCAUUGGCCUUAAUUGGACUUUACUGAACAUCAGUUUAACUGGGAUUCAUGCAGAUAUCCAAGUGAGAUGGGAACCACCACCCAAUGCAGAUGUUCAUAAGGGAUGGAUAGUCCUGGAAUAUGAACUUCAAUACAAAGAAGCAAAUGAAACUCAGUGGAAAAUGAUGGACCCUGUGUUGUCAACAUCGGUUCCAGUGUACUCAUUGAGACUGGAUAAAGAAUACGAAGUGCGUGUGAGAUCCAGACAACGAAACUCUGAAAAAUAUGGCGAGUUCAGUGAGGUGCUCUGUGUAACUCUUCCUCAAAUGAGCGCACUUACGUGUGAAGAAGAUUUUCGUUUUCCAUGGUUCUUAAUUGUCAUCUUUGGAAUAUUUGGGCUAACAGUGAUGCUGUUUGUAUUUAUAUUUUCUAAACAGCAAAGGAUUAAGAUGCUAAUUCUGCCCCCAGUUCCAGUUCCAAAAAUUAAAGGAAUUGAUCCAGAUCUCCUCAAGGAAGGAAAAUUAGAGGAGGUGAACACAAUCUUAGCCAUUCAUGAUACCUAUAAACCUGAAUUCUACAAUGAUGACUCUUGGGUUGAAUUUAUUGAGCUCGACAUUGAUGACCCUGAUGAAAAGACUGAAGGAUCAGACACAGACAGACUUCUAAGCAAUGACCAUCAGAAGUCACUUAGUAACCUCGAGGCAAAGGAUGACGACUCUGGACGUACCAGCUGUUAUGAACCCGACAUUCUGGAGACUGAUUUCGAUGCCAGUGACAUGUGUGAUGGUACUUCAGAGGUUACUCAGCCACAGAGGUUAAAAGGGGAAGCAGAUCUCUUGUGCCUUGACCAGAAGAAUCAAAAUAACUCAUCUUACCAUGAAGCUUCCCCUGCUACUAAGCAGCCCAGUGUUAUUCUAGCAGAGGAAAGCAAACCACAACCACUUCUUAUUGGUGGAACUGAAUCAACCCAUCAAGCAGCCCAUACUCAGCUAAGUAAUCCGAGUUCACUAGCAAACAUUGACUUUUAUGCCCAGGUAAGCGACAUUACACCAGCGGGGAGUGUGGUCCUUUCCCCGGGCCAAAAGAACAAGGCAGGGAUAUCCCAGUGCGACAUGCAUCCAGAAGUGGUCUCGCUGUGCCCAGACAACACCUACUUCUGUGAGGCAGAUGCCAAAAAGUGCAUCACUGUAGCGCCUCACAUGGAGAUUGAGUCACAUGCACAGCCAAGCUUUAACCAAGAAGACACUUACAUCACCACAGAAAGCCUUACCUCUUCUGCUGGGAGGUCUGGGACAGCAGAAUGUGCUCCAGGUUCUGAGAUGCCUGUCCCAGACUAUACCUCCAUACAUAUAGUACAAUCUCCACAGGGCCUCGUCCUCAACGCAACUGCCUUGCCCUUUCCUGAGAAAGAGUUUCUCUCAUGUGGCUACGUGAGCACAGACCAACUGAACAAAAUCAUGCCAUAGCCGUUCUUCGAUUUCCCAAGAGCUGUGUAUCUAAUGGCAAAGAAUUGGCUGGGGCAUGAAUGCUUAAACCAAAACAAUGCUUUUUUUUUUUUUUUUUUUU